UAAAGCACUGACAGAUGGCAGAAGGGUCAAGUGGUAACGAAGAGGGGGGAUGGUGGGGAUAUGGCUGGCUGCAGGCAGCCAAGGAAAAGUCAAAAGCAGCAUUGGAGAUGGUUCAGAAAGAUCUGGCUGAGUACACAUGUACUAUGUCUGCAGAUACCAGUAAAGCAGUGGCUAAUACAAGUGACAAACUGAAAGAUACUUUGAAGACAGAAAACACAUCUGCAGCAAAGGACAGAUUGAAGAGUGGUGUUACCUCUUUCCUGGAAGGCUUGUCCAAAGCUUUAGUGAUAGAGCCAGAGGACAAAGAGGAACCUGUAAAAAAGCCUGUCAGUUCUGAGGCAGUGUACGACAGGGCCAAGGCACGCCUUCACGCCAUACAAAUCGACCCAGAAACAUACUGCAGUGAACCCUCAGGGUCCCCAGAGAAAUUCCAAGAAUGGCAGAAGUCUUUUGACCUAGAGAAACAUAAAGGGGAUGUUUCAGAACUACUUGUCUCAAAAGUGGAGCUUCGUGCAUUUUAUACAAAACUGGUACCUGCUGAGAUAUCUCAUGCUGACUUCUGGAAGAGGUAUUUUUAUAAAGUCCAUCAACUUGAACAAGAUGAAGCACGAAAACUGGCAUUAAUGAAGCGAGCUGAGCGGGCACAGAAGAAAGAAGAUUCCAUUAGCUGGGAAGAUGACUGGAGUGGAGAUGAAGAAUCCAUUGCUGACAAAACUGAUCGUAAACAGGAGUUAAGUGAGAGGCUAUCACAACCACAGGAGGUAGUAAAAGAUACAGUUCCCAGUGAGGAAAUGAAGAGUAAGUCUGUAAAUGUGGGACCUGAUAAUCUGACUGCUGAUGAAAGCAGAGUCAAUCCGCCAGAGCAGGACACAGAUAAAGAACAAAUAUCAAGUGAGACAGUACACCCUCACACGUUAGAUUCACCGGAGACAAGAAAAUCAAAGGAAGAAGAGAGUGUGUCAGAUGAAAUCAGAGACCCAGAAAUCACUACAGAAACUCAUAAACAAACAGUAAAAGGAAGUGAACGUUCAGGUACAGACAUUGUCAGUCAUCCAGAAGAAAAGGAGAGUAAAACAGAGUUACCAACACCUGACGUAUCGGAGGAAGAGGUCAAGACCAAGGACAAAGGGGACAUGGUAGUAGUCAACCCUGACCGAGUGACCCCAUCUUCCGAUUCCAAUAAAGAGAACAGUACAGAUGAUGAUUGGGAGAGAGACUUUGAUGUAGAAUUAACAGAGGAGGAACUAAAAGCUGCAGAUGAAAUAGCAAAGAAGCUUAACUUAUCAGCUGCCGACUACACCAGUAUCUCAGGGGACAUUGAAGAAGACUGGGAGAGCUGGGAGUGAAAUUGCUUGAUCUUAUCAUUUUAUAUAUAUAUUUUUUAUUAUUGUUAUUAUAUUUUGUUAAGGUAUCUGUGUUAUGGGAAUUGUAUCAUUUGUAACAUUAUUCAUAUAAACAUUUAUGCCAUAAUAAUGUGUGUAUUAUGAAUAAAUAAGUGAUUUAUUACCUCCACAAUCAAAUUAUGUUUAACACAUAAUGCUUUGCAUUUCAGAGUAAACUUCAACACAUAAUGCUUUGCAUUUCAGAGUAAACUUCAAUACUUGUAAAAUAUUUUGUGAGAAGAUUGUUUGCAUGAAAAACAAGGAUUGAAAUAUUUCUUACAAUAAUUCAGUAUUAUUUAUUUAUUGAAGCUCUGAUCAUAAAAAUUGUACAUCUGCUAGCAAGGGACCUCCAUUUGUGGAUGGGUGGGCAAUGCAGGGCAAGAUAUAUCAUUAAAAAAUAUUCUUUGAAUGCAGACACAGGAAUUGCUUUUCUUAAGAGAAACAAACUGACUGGGUGCCUUCCCCCAGUUAUUCUUGUUGCCAUACUUGUAAAAAUAUAUUCAAUGUUCAUAAUUUCAUUGGGAAAAAUUCAUUGUCUUUUUCCAGGCAGACCAGAUUUUCAUAGUGUAAAAUGAUGAAUAAAAUCCGUUCCAAAUGCA